GAUUGUUGCAGACCAGCCAGAGAAUGAGAUGCUGGGGGAGCCAAUCAAGAGACUGUCCACAUGGCUGGAGAAUCCCAAAUAGCCAUAGGAUUUCCCAGUGGUUUCUGAAAACAGGAAAAUCUUUACUCCUAAUGUGAAAAUUGAAAGCUUGGGCUUUGUAGGAAUUGUGUCUGGAACCUGUUUGAACAGCAUGGAGAAGGGUUUAGCGACCCUGGGGUUCAGAUCCAAAAGAUAAGUUUGAUUCUACCUGUUGCCAUGUUUUAGCUGUGUGGUUUUUGCCAAGUUACCUAACCUCCCUAAGUUUUAGGUUCCUCAACUGUAGUGAGUUACAGUAACUACCACCACAACCAACAGCAACAAAACCUAGCAUGUGUUGAACUUACAGUGUACCAGGCACCAUACAAAAGCAUCCUAUAUUCAUUAUCUCUUUUAUACCUUACACAAUCCUAUGAAGCAGGUAGUGUUUUUAUCAGCAUUUAACAGAUAAGGAAACCUAGGCACAGCAAGAUAGGUAACUUGCCAGUUCCUCCCUUUCUCACCCCUCACCCCCUGAAAGAAAACACACACACACACACACACACACACACACACACACAACCCAGCAAUUGGUAGAGCUAGGAUUUAAUUUCAGAUGUUGAGACACCGGAAUUUGAUAUAUCAGAGAGCUGUUAUGAGUUUUAAAGGAAAUUAUGUGUAAAAUGCUGAAUAUAGUUCCUAGUACUUCAUGAGCAUUCAAUAAUUUAGCCAUUUAUUGUGUUUUUAGCCUCACUCUGCUCUUUUUUGCCUUUUGCAGAAGCAGCUGACACAGGAUGAUGAUACUGAUGAGGUUGAGAUUGCUAUCGACAACACGGCUUUUAUGGACGAGUUCUUUUCUGAGAUUGAGGAAACUCGGCUUAACAUUGACAAGAUCUCAGAACAUGUAGAGGAGGCUAAGAAACUCUACAGUAUCAUUCUCUCUGCACCGAUUCCAGAGCCAAAAACCAAGGAUGACCUAGAGCAGCUCACGACUGAGAUUAAGAAAAGGGCCAACAACGUCCGGAACAAACUGAAGAGCAUGGAGAAGCAUAUUGAAGAAGAUGAGGUCAGGUCAUCGGCAGACCUUCGGAUUCGGAAAUCCCAGCACUCUGUCCUUUCUCGGAAGUUUGUGGAGGUGAUGACCAAAUACAAUGAAGCUCAGGUGGACUUCCGAGAACGCAGCAAAGGGCGAAUCCAGCGGCAGCUCGAAAUUACUGGCAAAAAGACAACCGAUGAGGAGCUGGAGGAGAUGUUGGAGAGUGGCAACCCAGCCAUCUUCACUUCUGGGAUCAUUGACUCACAGAUUUCCAAGCAAGCCCUCAGUGAGAUUGAGGGACGGCACAAGGACAUUGUGAGGCUGGAGAGCAGCAUCAAGGAGCUUCACGACAUGUUUAUGGACAUCGCCAUGCUGGUGGAGAAUCAGGGUGAGAUGUUAGAUAACAUAGAGUUGAAUGUCAUGCACACAGUGGACCACGUGGAGAAGGCACGAGAUGAAACGAAAAAAGCUGUGAAAUACCAGAGUCAGGCCCGGAAGAAACUGAUUUCACUCCAGACUGGUGUGGCCACCCUUGUCUUCAGAUGAGAAUGGAGUCUGAAUGGCCUUCCUGAGAACGAGUGCGACCCGUUCCUUUGUUUCCUUGCAACCACCCUUGGACCUGACUCAGCUAACAAUCUAGUCCUGGGGGAAUGUGAUCUACCUGAUGUGACCCUGAGUUCUCCCCAGAGCCUCCUCCUGCCCCACCAGCUCUCAAGUACCUUUUCUCCUGGACUGUGUGGACCCACCCAGCUUUCUUCCUCCCUGUUGUGUGUCAGAUUAUGCCUUGCACUUGGGAAAGCUCUUGUGAGACCCUCCCAAGGUGCUGUAUUUUUCUACCUCAUGGAGUAUUCUCCCAGAAACUGCAAUGUAUUUUUUUAGGGGAGUAUCUUUAACAAAGCAGAAGGAUUCUUCUAAGUUUGGCAACAAGAAGGCUUGGAUCUGAGUCUUCUACCUGGCAGGAUGCCAAUCCUGUUUGUUGUCCGUAUGUCCUGAAAACAUGAGGGACUGGCAGAUGUCAUUUUGGUCUAAAGAGCUGACUUGUUUGAAAUUCAGCCUUAAAUUAAGCUCUUAGUUGUUCAGCUUGGGGGGGCAACUUUGAUUUUUCUCUGUGUUGUAGUCUCUCAUAUUUACUCAAGGAGGGACCAGGAUGAUACAGUCAUCUGAGGUUAUGCUUUGCAAAAGGCUGACGGUAUGGAAUAUGUUUCCAUGUCUGAGUCUUAGAAACUUGCUGCUCAUUGUUAGAAAGUGAUGCUUUGUGAGACUAUUGUCUUGGGGCCAAAAAUAAUCAGGGAUUUUAAAUUGGGCAAGGGACAAGGUGCUAGAAUCCUAAGCUCUGGAAAUAUUUCAUGACACUGGUGUAUUCACUCAUGUGUUCCAGAUGUAUUCUAAUUGUGUAUGAAAUGUAUGUACACAUAAGUGUGUGUGUCUCAGGAAGUAGGAAAUAAAAAUGGAAGCUAUUAUGACCUCAAAAAAAAAAGCCAACUUUGAGCUAGGAUAAAAAUUGGGUAAAGGACAUUUGCUUACCUGCAAAUGAAUCACUGUGGAAAUGUGAUCUUCCCAUAUCAUCAAGAAACUUGUUUUCUGGAUGAAUACUGGGAGAAUAAAAUGAGAACUCUGGAGUGAGCUAAAUUGAUCCCAAUUAAGUUUUUCUGCUUAGCAGACAGAAGGUAUAAUUUUUUGACACCCUUCCCCACCUGGUGCCUAUGCUAGGCUUGUCCUGAGAACAUCCCUCAGUAACUUGAUAUUCACAUGACCUACAGGAUGUCCCAUCUGCAGGGCUGAGUCAGUUGGGGAACACCAGAGGCUACACAGUAGCUCUUCCUGCUACUCGGUUAAUGAGCUUGGCAGGUUCUUUGUCUCACUGAAUUCUUAUCAUGGAAACAGCAGCAGCAGCCGCUAGGAAAUCUUCAAGUGUAGUGUCUGUGCUAACCCCCAGUGGUAAAUCCCUUAGAUCCCCUGCUGGUCUCUGGCAGUCUCCUUGAUUUUGGGUACCAUGUAUAUUUUCCGCUUUGACUUUAACGCUUUCUAGGAUAGGGUAAGCACCCUUAAUUCAGGCACUGUCCAUUAGCUUCCUUUGCAAAGGCUACUUAUGGCCGGUCACAAUCCAGCACUCAGACAGAGCCAAGGCAAUAUCUUCUUGCCCAUGGCUAUGAUGUCAGACAGUGGAUGGGCUCCAGCAACAAGAGACAAAAUAACUAAAGGCCUUUGCUCUCCUCUGACAUUGAGGCCUGGGGCUUACAGUUUGGAAUACAACAUGUGAAAGUUUUUGUUGUUGUUUGUAUUUUUUAGAUGUAAACUUGAUUAUUUUAUUGCUAAUUUAAAAAUAAAAAUGACUUUGUAUUGAUUGUGAAA